AAACUUUCAGAAUAAAUCCAUCAUCAGUCCUCCCCUCACUCCCUCUCCCGCUCCUCCCCCUGGUUGGCUGUCAGCUGACAAACGUUCCACCCAGGCGGCCUGUGAUUGGCUCAGCUGGCUGUCCAUCAUCGUGGGAGCGCCCGGCUCUAGCCCCCUUCCAACAGAGACGCACCGCUGCUCUCCUCCACUGCUGUUUAGUGCGUCGAUCGGCGGAGGGAAGUGGAGUUCGCGCGUCUUGUUGUGCGUCCGUGGACCAAACAGCAGCAGCAGCAGCAGCAGCAGCAGUGGUGCGCUCUUUUCCUCCUCCAGAUCCGCAGACAUCCCGGGGAGUUGACACGCCGUGCAUGCCUCGGACAGCAGGAGGAGGAGGAUAACCGCUUUCCUCUUCUUCUUCAUGAUCAUUUUGAGUCAUUGAGACAUACAUAUUUUUGCAUUUCCCUCAUGGUAACCAACACUGAGCAGCCGGAGACAUGUGGAAUAUUGCGGGGAAAUUGCACCACUUCUUACUAGUGUGUUUUCUCCUGACACUGUGGGCUGAGGUGUCUCAGUCCACUGGUUACUUCGAGCUGCAGUUGAUUUCGGUGGAAAACCCCAAAGGUCAGCUCCUCAACGGCGACUGCUGCGACGCGGAGAAGAGCGCGGCAGAGGGCCACUGUGGCACGGACGAGUGUGACACUUAUUUCAGAGUGUGUUUGAAGGAAUACCAAACGGAGGUCACGACCAAUGGACCGUGCACGUACGGCUCGGAAACUACUAAGGUUAUCGGUGGAAAUACUUUUCAGUUCAAAGGCGGCCAGAAAACCGGACAGAACCGGAACAACGACGCCGGGAAGAUCACCAUUCCUUUUCAGUUCGCGUGGCCGCGAGCAUACACUGUGAUAGUGGAGGCGUGGGACAGGGACAAUGGAACACACAGCAAUGACGAUGAGCUGCUGAUUGAGCGCAGCAUCCUCAAAGGGAUGAUCAACCCCGGAGAUGAGAAGCAGACGGAGGAGUACAAAAGCUUGAUCGCCAGCCUCGAGUACACCAUCCGCGUACGCUGCAACGAACACUACUACGGCACCAAGUGCAACAAAGUGUGCCGACCACGGGAUGACUACUUCGGUCAUUACGUGUGCGACCAGUUAGGGAACAGAGAGUGCAUAGAGGGCUGGACCGGACCCGACUGCAAAGCAGCCAUCUGCAAGCAAGGAUGCAGCCUCCAGCAUGGGACGUGCAGCGUGCCAGGAGAAUGCAAGUGUAACUACGGCUGGCAGGGUCCUCUCUGCGACGAGUGUCUGCCGUAUCCCGGCUGUGUUCACGGUACCUGCAGCGAGCCCUGGCAGUGCACCUGCGAGAAGAACUGGGGAGGUCUGCUGUGUGACAAAGAUCUGAACUACUGCGGCACCAACCGGCCCUGCAAAAAUGGAGGAACGUGCAUGAACCCAGAGCCGGACGAGUACAACUGCGUCUGUCCAGAUGGAUACUCUGGCAAGAACUGUGAGAUUGCUGAGCACGCCUGUGUGUCCAACCCAUGUGCCAAUGGAGGGACUUGUCAUGAAGUCCCAUCAGGCUUUGAGUGUCACUGUCCUGAUGGCUGGUCUGGGCAGACCUGCGCUCAAGACACAGACGAAUGUGCAUCCAACCCCUGUGCUCAGGGCGGGACCUGCAUCGACAUGGAGAACGGCUUUGAAUGCCUCUGUCCUCCACAGUGGACAGGAAAGACGUGCCAGAUAGACGUGAACAGCUGCCACGGUCAGUGUCAGAACGGAGGGACCUGCAAGGGGUCUACCAGAGGCUACCAGUGUGCUUGCCAGGCGGGCUUCGUUGGACGGCACUGCGAGAUCCAGAGAAACCGCUGCGCAAGCAGCCCAUGUAGGAAUGGCGGACGCUGCCACGCCCUGCUGGACGGCUUCAUGUGUGAAUGCCUGCAGGGCUUUGCUGGCACAACCUGUGAGGUGCAGAACGACCCGUGCAGCCCAAACCCGUGUCACAAUAAGGCCCAAUGCCACAGCCUGAUGGGAGAUUUCUACUGCAGCUGCCCGGAUGACUAUGAAGGCAAAACCUGCUCAGAGCUCAAAGACCACUGCAAGACCAACAGGUGUCAAGUGAUUGAUAGUUGCACAGUUGCUGUGGCAACUAACGACACCCAAAAGCGGGUGUGGCACAUCUCUUCCAAUGUGUGCGGCCCCCACGGUCGUUGCAUCAGCCUUCCUGCCGGGAACUUCAGCUGCUCCUGUGAGCCAGGAUUCACUGGCACCUACUGCCACGAGAAUAUAAACGACUGUGCGUCAUCACCCUGUAAGAACGGAGGCACAUGCAUAGAUGGUAUCAACUCCUUCCAGUGUUUCUGCCCAGACGGCUGGGAGGGCAGUCUGUGUGAUGUUGACGUGAAUGAGUGCAACAGAAACCCCUGUCAGAAUGGAGGCCAAUGUGUCGAUCUGUUUAACGACUUCUACUGCAACUGUGUUGACAACUGGAAAGGAAAGACCUGCCACUCACGUGAGAGCCAGUGCGACUCCACUACCUGCAGUAAUGGAGGGACGUGUUACGACCACGGAGACUCUUUCCUGUGUAGCUGCCCCUCAGGCUGGGGUGGCAGCACCUGCAACACAGCCAAGAACAGCACAUGUGACCUGGGCCCGUGUGAGAACAGCGGGACUUGUGUUGGAGGAGGAGACGGCUUCACUUGCAUCUGCAAGGACGGCUGGGAGGGACCCACCUGUGCACAGAAUGUGGAUGACUGCAACCCACAUCCCUGCUACAACGGCGGCCUCUGCGUCGACGGCGUGAACUGGUUUCGCUGCGAAUGCGCCCCGGGAUUCGCCGGUCCGGACUGCCGCAUCAACAUAGAUGAGUGUCAGUCGUCUCCUUGUGCUGAGGGUUCAACCUGCAUGGACGAAAUCAACGGCUACCGCUGCGUUUGUCCUCCAGGAUACGCUGGAGCUCGCUGUCAGGAGUUUAUCGGUCUUGGAAAGUCGUGCCGUCAUGCCGGGCUGCAGUUUCCUCACGGCAGCCGCUGGGAGGAGGAGUGUAACAGCUGUCAGUGCGUCAACGGAUACGUCGGCUGCUCCAAGGUGCGUUGCGGUCGUCGGCCCUGCCUCCUCCCCAAAGCUCUGCCUCCUCCUGCGGACGCGAACUCUCCGCCCUGCCCCGGCGGUCACGAGUGUGUGGAGCAUCAGUUCCUCACCUGCUUCUCUCCACCCUGCCACCAGUGGGGUGUGUGUUCGACGCCCGACCCCCCGACGCCCCUCCACACCCAGUGUGAGCCCAACAGUGGUUACCUUGAUAACAGCUGCGCCCGCAUCACGCUCAUCUUCAAAAAGGACAAAGUGCCGCAGGGCACCACUGUAGAGAACAUCUGCUCCGAGCUGAGGUACCUCCCUGUGACUCAGACGCUAGCAGAGGAGCGAGGGCUGCUCAUCCUCUGCGACCUGUCCUACACCAACGGUGACGCUGUGGAGGUUGCAAUGUCCUUCGAGCAGGACGGGCGGUCGAAGGACAGCGAUCGUGGACAGAUCCAGAAGGCAGCCAGCACUAUCAUUGGCGCCCUCUCCAAACGCCACAACAGCACCGUGAUGCUGGCUGUGGUGGAGGUCAAAGUGGAGACGAAGGUGGAGUCACCGCCUGUUGGCUACCUGGUCCCGGUGCUGUGCGUCGUCUUCAGCAUCCUCUGGAUCUUCUGCAUCGUCAUCUGCGUGUGGUGGACCCGCAAGAGAAAGAAAGAGCGCGAGAGAGCCACCCGAUCCGAAGACACCACGGUCAACAACCAGCUGGAGCCGCUGCGGAGCAACGCCCUCAAGGACAACCGCGACAAAGACAUUCAGUACGAAUGCAAGAAACUGAUGGGCCCCUCCGACAGGACGUGCGACGGGGCCGAGGGCGAGGAGGAAGGGGAGCAGGAGGGGGAGCAGGAGGAAGACGAGGAGAGGGCGCUCGGCAUGGGGGAGAAGUGCCCGCCGCAGAAGUGCUCCAUAGCGGGGGCGGUGCAGGACAGAGGGAUGAUGGGUAAAGGAGGGGUGAUCUCCACGUUGCGCAGCGGUCCAGUGAAGGCGCCGCACCGGACGGCGUACAGCCCCAAAGACAACCGGUGUAAAAACCUGAACGCCGCCAAGCUCAGCGAGGACGUUAAAGACCAAUAUGUAUGAACACAGGAGAGACAGAAAACAAACUGCAAUGUCUUCAACGUCACUGACUGUUCAACUCUUAAAAGCACCAAAAGUGAAGAUUACAGAUGCUUUAAUUUUCUAUUUUUUGUUUUUCACACCUUAUUUAACUUUUUUUCGUCUGCAGCACGGAGGCUUCUUUUACCAAAAAAAAAAAACACAAAAAAAACAACCAAAAAAAAAAAAAAAAGCAACAUUGAACAUCACCGCUUCUGGAGUUUUCAGUUUAAUUGUCACACUUUUUGAAAUCAAGACGAUCAUCUUUUCAUCACUCUUGAUUUUUUUUUUUUUUUUUGCCGUUUACAGUCUUUAUUUUGGGUUUUCCAGUUUUCAUCCCAACUAACACAAACCCUUUUCUCAUUGGACCCUGGAGAUCUAACCCACCGUCAUUGGCUGGCAGCUGUUAACAUUGUGAUUACUGUUUGGUGCAUUCAGUUCCUGUCUGCCUUAGCCCAAAACCUGCGGGCCUUUUCUACACUGUCCUGAUACUUUGUCAUUUUUUUUUUUUAAAAGAAAAAAAAGCAACAAAAAAAAUAUUUUAUAUACAUUUAAGUCGUGAGAGUUGGCGCAGAGAAUCCAGCGUUUGUUUCCUGGCAUGAGCAAAUUUUUUGUUUACAUUCACAAACAUCUUUCCCAUCUUGUGUUCCCGCUUAUUAAAGGCUCUUACAUUAAUACUCAGCAGAUCGCUCCCACUGCUCUCCGUGAGUCUCCAUGAUGAUUUCAGUAUUUUGUUUGGUAGAGAAGUGCCUUCAGCCCUUAUUUUGUCUCUUUCCUCUCCUCCUGAAGAGCUUAUGCAGAAUUAAAAUCAUAUAAAGGGAAAGAUGUCGUGGUAACAACUCUUCAUGCCCCGGUAAAGUUAUUUUCUUUGCGAUGUACAUAUGUAAAUAUGAAAAAAAAGGCUGUUUAUAUUUGAAUUUAGUAACUUAAGUGAUGCUUUGUAUCAUAGUUAUUCUAAAGAAUAAGACUGUUUUUGUGCUUGUUGUUUUCUUAUUGAUGUCAUUCCGUUUAUUUGUGUCUGUUGACACUCUGACAGGUUUUAUACAGAUUUGGGGACUGUUUCCGAGGUCCCACUGAAUCAUGAGCGUUGGUUUGAAAAGAAAACAGAUCAUGAUUGUUUGUCUUCAUGUGUUGUGAUUGUUUGUUCAAGCUGUUCAGAACACAAAUACAGAGUUUGGAGAGUUGUUUGUCGGACCUGUGAGUCAUUUUGGGUUCUUAGAAAGCUCCUCCUCCUAUCAGUCUUGGAUUUCAGAGUGAACCUGGAUAUGUGUGAGGGACUUUAGAAUCCCAAACACGACCUGGAAGACUCAACUUUCUGCUCCACUGAUUUAAACGUCAGGUAUCUGACGGUUCAAGACCUACAAAUCCAAAUCUUUCAGGUCAUGAAACUUUUGAUUUUAUUCAUUCAUUCUGAGUUGGAGUUUCAAAGUGUUCAAGAUAUUUUUAAGAGCCUUGCUGCACUGACAAAUUUCAGUCAGCCCUUCAAAAAACCAUCAACAGGUCAGCUUUUUAAACGCUUACAGGCUCUGAACUGUGUUUCUGUUCAGCCCUCUUUCAGUGGUCACACAUUUAAUGUUGCUUUUUGUCAUUCAGCAUCCUUUCAUGGUAGUGCAGAGUACCAGUGAACAGGCAGGUGAUACUUGGCCACACUGCAGCAGCCAGCUGACAUUCAAUGUCUCUUUACAUGUAAGAUACUUCAAAGGAACGGCUUCAUGCCGCUCCUCCAGAAGUCUGGAUACAUCUGUUCUUUCGUCUACUGUGUCUGAAAUCUUCAGGAAGGCCUACUGCUCCACGUAGAGUUCCCUUUAAGUUCCCACAGUUCCCAAUUAAAGAAGCCAGACCAGUGUAUUUGUAUUUCACAGCACUUUUUGGAAAUUACUUUUAUUAUUUUAAUCCUUCUUUACUUCUUUUAACACAGGAAAUAGUCAGCAGCUUUAUAAGGUUCAUUAAUUUUUGCCACUCCUAACAGAUGCAGAGUAGCUUAAAAUACGAAGUCUGUCAUCUUUUCUUUGUUCUACCAUUUUCAAACCCUUCUUAGUUAUUUGGACUCACAUUUGUUAAAAAAAUAAAGUUCAAAAGUCAAUGCAGAGCUCUACUUUAUCCAUGACUCGCUCUUAAUUGGGGAUUCCAAAUGGCACAAAUCAAAGUGCACCUGUGCUGUGCUGAAGAGUGGAGUCUUAAAGGACCAUUUUGAAUCCACACUCGUGGGUCACAGGGUCCAAACAACUUGAAAGCACUGCUGCUGGUCCCUCCUAAGCCGGCUCGUACUUGAGUUAUAAAUUCACAAUUUUACAGUGUGUUGACAGUGGAGAUGCCACGCAAGGCAGAGGGUGUUUAGUGAGUAUGAAAACCCUUUCAUCUCAGCCCCCCCAGCUCCUGACGCGCCCUAUCAGAAGACACUGAAGCCCUACAAUGAAAAGAAAUCUAAAAGGCGUUGGUUUGAAUGGGAAUCUUCUCACAGCUGAUGAGUGUUUCUUUUUGUUCAUUCAGCCCCACAUCUCCUCCUGUUUCUAUCCUGGUCUAAUGAAGGGAACAAGUUGUGUUGUUGUUGAUGUUGUUGACUGUUGUAGUUGUUGUCCAGUGUUUGUUAAGAGUCUGUUUCUGCACUAAGAACACACAAGAAAAGAGACAAGUUUACCAUUACCUCCACAGCGGUAGUGAGGACAAAAAGUCAGAUAUUGUCACUAUUUGUGGAUGAAAAAUUUUGUUUUCAAAAUCAUGUUAAACCCAAAUUCAUACUCUGUCAGUAAAUUUUACAUUGUGUUAGUCCCACAGGAGGGGCUGAAUGUGCAGAACAUUGUAAUUAUUUUGUACAAAAUUUGGUAAAAGUCUUGGUUUGUUAGUGGAAUUUUUUUUUUGUUCUUAGAACAAUCCUUUUAUUUAUUAAAGUAUUUUAUACCAAA